AUGAGUACUGGAAGUCUGGCUGGCGAAUUACUUUCCUGUGUAUUAGACUUCAUUUCUAAAUAUAAUUUCUUGUAUGAUCAACCGAACAUCAAGUUUUUGUCGAGUGAAUUGUGGCGACGUAUUCCGUCUGAUUGGUUGAUGUAUCUCGAAAAAUUAAGCAAUGAUGAACUCAAUAUGUUUCCAUUCGAGAAACCGAAGCCACAUUGCCCUGAAACUUUGCUCAAUUUUCAUACUCUCAGUAAUGAGGUAUCAUAUCGACUGGCUGCAUUUUGCGGGACAGCUGAUAAUUUGUUGCAAUUACCAGGGCAUCACAUAGUUAAAGUAAUGAGACCGAUGUCUGCAAAAAAAAGACAUGAAGUCGAGAACUUUACAGUUUUUCUGAGAGAAUAUUGUAAACAGUACAACAUAAAUCGGAUUGUUGACGUGGGAUGCGGAGUGUUGGCUCGUUAUUACAAAGUUGUUGGAAUUGAUUGUGAAGAAAUAUUAUGCGAUCGUGCUAGGAAGUCUUGUGUAUAUGCCGAAAUUGUUUGUCUUAAUAUGGUUAAGGAUGACAAAGAAGAUCAGAAGCUUAUAGAAUUUUUUUCAGGCGAUCAAAAUGACCUAACAGCUAUUGUUUCUCUUCAUGGGUGUGGCGAUUUGCAACCGAUGCUUUUACGUCUCUUUUGCAAAUUGGAUCGCAAACGAGUACCCCUACUUUUUACUAUUCCUUGUUGCUAUCACAAAAUGUCAGAUAUAAAGCAAGAAAUGUUUCAAUGGAUUAUGAGUGAUGAAAUGAAGCAGAAAUCUAUUUCCUGCAAUGUAUUUCCAGUGAGUGCACUAAGAUUGGCUAGUCAAAAGCAUAUUUCAAGCUGGUCAUGUUCUGAAAAAGAUCGUGAAAAACAUAAGAAAGGUUUCAUCGAUCGAGCUCUUUUGGAGUGCCUAUAUGACAAGCGAAGUGGUGAUGAUUUAAUUUCCUAUAACCAAUUCUCUUCUGGUAAAGAAGGCAUUUCAGACCUAAGACCACUUGCAUGUCGGAAGCUAAAUCGUCAUUUCACAGCUUUGAAAAAUAUUGGUUCUCAAUUAGCAUCCCGAUUACUCAUGGACGAAACACGGGCUUUAAAAGUUGAGCAGCUUUGGAAAGAGAUCUAUACGAACCAGGAACCUUAUUUCACAUAUGUUGAACUUCUUCAGACGAUGAUACAAAUACCAAUGGAAAUGCUGGUUUUGUUGGAUCGUAUAUUAUUUUUGAUGCAGUAUGGCUGCUCUGCAGACAAUGGCCAUCUGAUUUGUGAUGAAGAAGUGUUCGGGAAAUUUGUCAGAAAAAAUAGUCCUUAA